AUGGGUUCCGUGCGCAUAUUUGUGCUGUUCGCCUUCAUUCGAACACUUUCUCGAGUUAAUUCACAAGAUUGCUUUUCGGCGAAACUCGCUGAAACGGACACUCUCGGUCAGUUCGCCCCGCUCGCCUUUACCGAAAUGUUAUGAAUAUCUGAUAUCAGAUGCUUGCAGAAAUCGUUCAGAUCUACAAUAACGAAUUCGCUCUUGAAAAUGAUCACGUAUCCUACGAGAUCGCCCCGUCGGCGCCAUCAAAUUCGUUCGAUCAGGUGUCCGAUCCGAUCCGGUUCCUCACCAAUAACCAAUCUGCUUGCCCCGAAACUUGCCUGAUUACUCUCAAUCGGUACACUGAUACAUUUCAAGGUAACUAGAAGCAUAGAUAAGAAAGGGAAAUUAUAUUUUUAAGGAAACGAAUCCACAAUUCUCUUUUUCGACACGGAUCACGCCUUCUAUCUGCCCUCUCAUUACGUGUGAGUAAUCUAUCAUUCCCGAACCCUGAUUCUCAAGUUACCGCUUUGAAUUUGCAGAAAAGACAACAUCACCACUCUCGUUUGUGUCUCUACCAAUGGCUAUUGCGGGGCUACCGUACCGGUCUACCGAUACUACCGAAUCUCAAACGGCGGAGUCUGUGAGUCCGAUAAUCGCGAGUCCUUCGGCAUUUCCACUCGUUUCCAGUCCACGCCUACUCUUUCGAACAGGACAUCGUUUACGACGGCUACAACCAGGAGUUCAUGCCAAUCUGCUACGCGUGGCCGAUGGCCAGUGGAACCGGUAACCGCAAGGGACAGAGUGUGACGUAUGAUGUGUUUCAGUGGCCAGUCGUCCCACUUGCGGCACUCUCAACUUUGACACUCCUCUCUCGGCACUCGCCGAUUUAAAUGUGUACGAUAAUUACAAAGAUGGUAUCGAGCGAGAUCACUACUACACGACACUCCCUCUCACGGAUCCGUCCAUUGCCUCAGCCGGGUACAACCAGUCAGGCGUGCUCGGGAAGGUGCUCACUUCGCCGAAAAGCACGGCUUGCAGCUGUCUCGUAAAGCUUCAGCAAGUAUUUGAUAAUCAAACUGGCUACUUUCGUGAGUCAUCUAAAUGCGCACCUGCUUGCUUGCCGACUUUCAGUCUUUCACCCUUCAGAUCGCCGCGACCAUAAACUGAUUGUGACCGGGCAAGAACCGAACAGACCGUACGAGGAAUACGUGGACACGGGGGAAGCCGUGUACUGUGCGAAGAGACUCGGAGAUUGUGGUGCUUCGGUGCCCCUCUGGAAACAUUUUCAGUUUUACGAUAUUGGUGAGCACACGGCAAGAAAAUAGGACCCUGUUCGGAAUUGGCCUUGCAGAUUCUGUGUACACUACGGAUUCUGCACCACUUCCAAUGACUUAUCUGUACCCGCAGGUCCCUCUCUGCUACAUCUGGCCGUCAAACUACUCUCCGAACGUUUCGAACAUUCCCGCGGCACCUCCCACUGCCUUCCCUUCUGUGUUCGCGACAACACUGGCAACUGCGGGAACCGCAACGACAUCAUCAGUCAGUCCAGUUGUAAACUUGAAUCCGACGAUCGGGACCACUCAGUCUACGAUCAGUGGAACCGCUGGAGGUUCCACACCACUUGGAACAACACGGUUGGCAGACGUGGGAGCGAUUACUCCAAUGCUCAUGAGUGCCCUUUCAACUGCUGUCACUGCAGCUAGUAGGUCACCCACAACUAGUGGUUCGGGAAGCUCUUCUAGCCCAUGGGGAACUCCUACUCCGACCCCUGUCAGUGUAUGGGGCACCACUGGAACCACCUCUUCUGGAACGAACAGUCUGCCGACAAUAAGCGUCUGGGGUACGACAGCGGCGGCAUCAAUGUCUCCAACUGUCAGUGUCUGGGGAACAUCAACUCCGGCCCCGUUGGCUACCACUGGGACUUCUGCUCAGACACCUGCCAGUCCGGCGACCGGUUCUACGACUACAGAAAAAACCUCCUCCCUCCCAUCAACUACAAUCCAUCUCUCUGAUUCGGGAGCAGCUACACCAGGUCUCAUUGUCGCCGUCAAGCCGUUACCUGUCACUGAAGAUCCACUUGUGACGGAUGCAGCCAUCGCCACAUCUGCGGAAGCCAAUGAAGGAACAGAAAGUCCGAUGGGCGAAAUGAGUCCGAGUGGUCCGGAGACGUUUACUCUUUCCGAUUUCUGGUAUCUGACGGCCACCACCGCCAAAAGUCCCUUGGUCGUUGCUAGCUCGCCAGAUAGUUUCACACUCGGAACCACUCCGACUACAUCACCAGAAUCAGCCGCCACUUCCGCAGGAACCGUCCCGCCAACUCAUGCAAUGAUCACUGGACCACUCUUGGGAUUUCUUAACCUGCCAACAGUGACCAUGGCCCCUCCACCGCCUCCUGUCUCUUCCUCGGUAGUACCCUCUUCCUCGGCGACUUCACAAGUGUCUCAUACCUCGGAAGCUUCUGUCUCCACCAGUUCGACUGCAUCUUCUGUCUCCAUUUCUCUCACUUCUACGGUCCCUCAACACGUCGCCGCCGUUCCGUCCUAUUCCAUCGUCGGAGGUCCUCUCAGUUCAUACACAAACCCGCCGGUUAUUGAAGCUCUGAUCGUCACUUCCAACUCAUCAGCACCUGUUUCUACUCAAACACAGUCUUCCCAACCGGCGAUACGUGAUGUCGUCUAUCCGUCAUCAACAACAACAGAUGUCAUCAACAACAACUUCGGCGGAAGUGAUCAGUCCUCUGUCAGCUCGAGCUCAACAGCAUCUUCUGAGGGCGUGACCACUACGACCGCUCGGCCACUGGGUGGACUCGUUGGAAGUGUGAUCAACUCAACCGGGGACUUUUUCAACGACACAAAGGCUUUCCUGGGAAACAGUAUCGAGGGUUGGAAUGAAAAUAAAUAAUGGAAGUCAUUGCAGGUGUCUCCGAUGCGAACUCUUCCAGUCCGGUGGCCACAUUCAUCAUCAGCACUGGCAGUUUUAUCGAUGAGACCCUCAAUUCCAACACAUCGUUCAUAAACAAUACCAAGAAUUGGAUAGACGACAAAUGGGACAGGUGCGAAUGAAAAGAGUGAAAGAGAAGAAGGACGGAAUGAGUCAUUUCAGCACUGGAGAAUUCCUCUCGAACGCCUGGAAUUCGUUGUCUCCGUCGGGAAAUGAGACCUCUGGAACCUUCCUGAACAGCACGAAAACGUGGAUCGGAGACGCUGUCAACAGGUUUGCUGGACUCUGCACAAAUUGAAGAACUCAAAUGAUUCCAGCACGGGCGAAUUCCUUACCAAUGCUUGGAAUGGAACACAAAUAGAAUCAGGAAACUUUGUGAACACUUCUAAAACAUGGAUAAACGAAAAAUUGAAUGGAACCGCGGUGGGCUCUUUUCUCAACUCCACGGGUGGCGCCAUUGCUGGAAAUGUGACUUCGGCCGUCGGAGGACUGAUCGUAGACGCCAAGGAAUUGAUCGGAGGAGAGUCCAACGCCACUUCCUACGCAGCGGCUCCCCUCUCGAACGCCGUCGGAAGUGUGGCCAGUGCCAUUCUGGCCCCGGUGAACACUUCCACUGCGGACCCUCCGAAUGUGAAAACUGUAUGGAACGGCGGGGUGGUCAGUGGGCCGCUGAAUGGAUGA